AUGCGGACGCUCCGGCCCUGCGCUGACACGUCCACGGCGCGCAGCUGCGACCCAUCCGAAACCACAGCCGAGGCAAGAGGCACUGCCCACGUUGCGGCCGCCACGUUUGAAUCGGGCGGUCACGCCACCGCUGCUGGCGCGCAGCCACGCGAGAUGCCGAAAAAGGAUCAGCAGGGUUCCUGCGCGCCCCACGUGAACGCACCGACCUUGGCUACCUCCCACUCUCGUAAACACCAGUCUACCAUACUCCAGAGUCAGCAAGAAGUGAAGCGGGCACCGACUCAGAUGAAGUGCCGGCUGCAAGUCGAGAGGGAACCCCGCAACGCGACGGUAGCUGUGCGGACUAUAGGCGGGCGUGGCAGACAGCGCGCCCUGCCGGGGGAGAAGCAAGGCUCAAGGACGGAAAUGACACAUCCUACGAGCACAGUAGACAAGGCGGGUUUCCCUCAGGGACGCACGUCCCCACACAAAGAAGGUAGAUGUCAGUCUUCUUCUUACGCGCCGAACGGUAAAUCGAGAAGCGUUUCACUGGCACGCCGCCAGGCAGCGGUGCCCAGGCCGUGCGCAGGCUCGAGCCAAAAUCUUCAUCAGCCGAGCAAGCCGCGGUCGUAUCACCAUUCUCUAAAACAUUCCGCAGACAACUGCGCGAAGCGUACUACGUCAAAGAAACGAAACGAGGUGCCGUACUUCGCGCCGCUCCCGCCUCCGCUCGCCCGCAGAUACCCGGGUGCAAAAGGGCAGGACUGUAGGCACGCACCCGGGCGCCCAGUUUUGCGCAGUCCGCUGACUUCGUUUAUGCUUGAGGAUCGAACCGAUCCAGCCACGGACGGGAAUCAACCGCAAGCUCCGCUGCAUGCGCAGUCUGGCAUCGUGCCUGUGAACGGCCAGGAGGUCGACACCGCCUUCGGCGGGGGUUCGACUUUCCUUACCACUACAGUAGACGAUCCGACUAGCCAGUUUCCUCCACAAGAUGCAGGACACUUUCCUGCUGAAGGCGAGGAAAGACGUCGUAGUCCAGAAGCCGCUGCGACUAGCAUUCUAGAAGCCGCAAGAUCGGUCGAGGCCUCCUGCCACUCUCGGGAAAUCUCUGGAAUGCAGCUGGCGCAGAUGAACGGCCCUUCGCGCGAAAGUGUCUCUCGAGGCUCGGAGGCGGCUGCCCAGGCUACGGUAGCUGCACCGACUACAACUGAGCGUGACGGGCAGCACGUCCUAUCAAAAUCGAAUCAACCCGCGAGGACGAAAAUGACGCACCCUAUGAGCACAUCAGAGAACGGAGGCCGCCAGGCAGGGAAGUCCAAACCAGGCGCCGCCGCGAGUCCGAAUAUUGAUCAGCAGAGCAAGCAGCGGCCAUAUCACCAUUCUCUGAGACGUCCCGCAGACAACAGCGCAAAGCCUACGACGUCACUGAAGCGAAUCGAGGCGCUUCGCUCGGCACUGCUCCCGCCUCCGGUGGCACGCAAAUACCCUGGGGUGAGAGAGCACGGCCCCAAGCAGGAACCCCGGCAGAUUUUGAGGCCUCCGGUCUUGCACAGUUCCCUGACACCGUAUACGCUGGAGUGCGGACCCGAUCAAGCCGGAGAGGUCACUUACCUGGCGCCCGACCCGCAAAUGUCGCCCGGGGUCAUGCGCAGUGGGCGGCGAGGAAGACCAUACCGGCUCGGCGAGCAGCUCAACUUACUUGGCAACCAGAACGAGAGUCUGUCCGAAUAG